GCAAGUUGGCAGCCCUCACAAACCAUAAAGCGGCUGCUUAUUUUCACAACGAAUCUUUAUCAGUAGUGUGUUUAUCGCUGUCCACAACCAACUACAACCCGCGCAUAAACGCCACUCGGUGGUGCAAAUGUGCAGCCAGCGACGGCGAUGACUAAUUGAUCGCAAUUAAACCAAAGAAAGGAAUCCCCGCCCGCCUACGAGCCAAAGAUGUCGUGGAGCGACUUUGCCUGGAACUGGACGGAGUUCUGUCCCACGGGAUUGAAGCCGUUUGCCAACGAUACGAACGAUUUGCUGCCCUGCUUCCAGGAGAUCCUGCUCCAGCUGCCGGUGUACACGGUCUUUGCAGCCAUAUCCGCCUACAAUUUCGGCAAUCAGUCAAGGCCUGUCAUCCGGAAUGCCCUGCAGCUGCGUAUGCUGUGGCUGCGCACAUUCCUGGCCAUUGUGCUGGCCCUGCUGCCGGUGGCCAAGGUGUUCGCCUUCCAGCGGGCGGGCAUUGAACUGCAUGCGGCGGAUGUGCUGGUGGCCUGUGCCGAGUGUAUUAUGUGGGUCGUUCAUAGCGGUUUCCUCUUGACUGCCCGUCAAUAUGGUGAGCUUAGUCACCGUGGCUCGCUGCUAAUCAAUGUGGUCUGGCUCACUGUUGUGGUUCUGGAUGGCGUCUGGUUGCGUACAAGUCGCCACUUUGCCUGGUGGCCCUGGAGUUUGGCCACGCUAGUGUGUGACCUUCUAUUUGGAGCCUCUCUAAUACCCAAGGGUAGCGCUGUAUACUCCAGUAUGCCGCGAGGAGGAGUUACCAGCGGCGAAGAUGAGGCGCUUCUGUCCCAGCGCUAUACUUACUUCCACUUUGAUCUGAACGAAGGUCACUUGGGGCAUGCCCAGGAUGAAGCUAAUGUGGGAUCCCGCUUCCUCUUCCACUGGGUGUAUCCCCUGAUAGCCAAGGGAGUGGCUGGAAAGUUGAGAAAAAUCGAGGAUCUGUUUGAUCUGCCAGAGGCCUUGAAUAUCACGCGGUUAAGUGAGCGUCUACACUUGGCCCUGUCGCAGUCCCAGAGCUUGUGGAGAGCCUUACAUCGCUGCUUUGGCGUGGAGUUCUACCUGAUUGGAGUCUUAAGACUGAUUGCGGAUUUAAGUGGCUUUGCCGGGCCCCUGCUGCUGGGAGGACUUCUGCGACAGGAUCACACGGACUCCAAUGAAGUUUACUACUACGCCUUGGGACUCUUUGGGAGCACCCUGCUGUCAGCCUUAUGUUCCACGCACUUUGAUUGGCGCAUGGCCAUGGUUUCCAUGAAGAUGCGCGUGGGAGUGGUGAACUCCAUUUACCGAAAGGCCUUGGAGGCGAGGGUCAUCAAGGACUCCAGGCCGGACAUGCUAAAUCUCAUGUCCACGGACACGGACAGGAUUGUGAACUCGUGCAUCAGUUUCCACUUCUUCUGGAGCAUUCCCUUCAAGCUAUUUACCACGCUGUACCUGCUUUACCUGCAAUUGGGAGCUGCCUUCCUGGCCGGCGUGCUCUUUGCCGCCCUGCUCAUACCCAUCAACAGGUGGCUGGCCAAGAGGAUUGGCAUCUACUCGAGUGGUCUGAUGACGGCCAAGGAUGCCAGGCUGUCGGCCACCACAGAGACCAUGCAGGGAGCCAAGCAGAUCAAGAUCAAUGCCUGGGAGGAUAUAUUUAUAACCAAGAUACGAGGACUGCGUCAGGAGGAGCUAAGAUUCCUCUCGAAGAGGAAGUACCUGGAUGCCAUGUGCGUUUACUUCUGGGCCACCACACCCGUGCUGAUGUGCCUGCUUACCUUUGGUGUGUCCGUGCUCAUGGGUAAUCCCCUGAUAGCCUCCACGACCUACACCAGUGUGGCCUUGCUUUACAUGCUCAUUGGUCCUCUGAAUGCCUUUCCCUGGGUGCUCAAUGGCUUAAUCGAGGCCUGGGUUUCCAUCAAGAGAGUCCAGCAGCUCAUGGAUGUGCCCAAUUUGGACUACUCCUCGUAUUACAAUCCCAUCAUGCGUGGAAGUGGCGGUGUUUUGGGUUCUGGAGACCUAGAAGAUGCUCCCUUGGAUGCGCCCAGGGCCAGUGUGUUGCAGAUGAAGUGCGCCAGCUUUACCCACGAAGAGAACUCUGAAGCGUCUGCCUUCCGCCUGAAGGACAUCAAUGUGGAUAUUAAGGCGGGUCAGCUGAUAUGCAUCGAAGGACCCGUGGGUGGUGGCAAGAGCACCUUUCUCUCGGCCAUUGUGGCCAACCUGCAGUGCACCGAUGGCGAGGUGUGCGUCCAGGAGUUAACCACGGGCUUUGGCUAUGUCCCACAGUCGCCGUGGCUCCAGAGAGGCACCAUCCGAGAUAAUAUCGUGUGGGGCGCACAGUUUGACGAGCAGUGGUACAAGACAGUACUCCAUGCCUGUGCUCUGGAGGAGGAUCUGCAGAUCCUAGGCGGAGAUCUAAUAGGCGUGGGCGAGAAUGGCAGGACCCUGUCUGGCGGUCAGCGGGCGAGAGUGGCUCUGGCCAGGGCGGUUUAUCAGGAUAAAAAGGUCUACCUCCUGGACGAUGUGCUCUCCUCGCUCGAUGCCCAUGUGGCCCGUCAUAUCAUUAAGCAUUGCAUUCUCCGACUUCUCAAGCACAAAACCCGCAUUGUGGUCACCCGAAGCAUUCAGUUGUUCUUCCACGCCAAUCAGAUACUUCAAGUUAAGGAUGGCCACCUACUGCCCAGUGAAUACAUGACCCAGAGCAUUGACCUGAGCUUGGAGGAGGAUGAAGAUCGGGAGCUAGCAAGCCGGCCACGAUCGGUGGAGCUGGCCAAUCAAGAUGACAAGAAGAGUGUGGAUAGCUUGCUCCUUGAGGAAUCCCGGGAAUAUGGUCAUCUUUCAAGCAAUGUUUUCUCCUGCUACUGGAAGGCAGUGGCUUCUCCCUUGGCCUUCACUGUCCUGCUCUUUGUUUUGCUAAUGCAACUGACCCGGAAUAUGAGUGAUGCCUGGCUGGCACAUUGGGUCACAGAGACCACAUUGGAUCCACAUCCGAAUGAUACUUCCUUGGAGCAUCAGUUGAUGAGACCUGAGCUGGGAAAUGACACAGAUUCGGGUCACACCACGGGCUUCUAUUUAAGCAUCUUUACAGCCAUUGCGUUGAGCAAUUCUCUGGUGACUCUGGCCCGAGCUUUUCUGUUUGCCUACGCAGGCAUCAAGGCGGCCAUUUUCAUGCAUGAAAAUCUGCUAAAGAAAGUCAUGUUUGCCAAGUUCAAUUUCUUUGACAUCACCUCGGUGGGUCGCAUCCUCAACCGCUUCUCCUCGGACACCAACACCGUGGACGAUUCCCUGCCUUUUAUACUCAACAUUCUGCUGGCUCAACUGGCCGGUUUGGUGGGUGCCCUCUGCGUCAGCUUGUAUGCCAUGCCCUGGCUGGGCCUGAUCAUCAUUCCCAUGGUGCCCAUCUACUUGAAUCUGCAGCAGCGUUAUCGCCAUGCCUCCAGGGACAUCAAGCGGCUGUCGAGCAAUGCCAUGUCGCCGCUUUACACUCACUUCACGGAGACUCUCCAGGGUUUGACCACCAUAAGGAGCAUGCGGGCCAGUCCCCGCUUUCAAAGAGACUUCCAGGUGAAGUUGGAGGAGAGCAUCAAGGCGCAGUUGACACAAUCAGCGGCUCAGCAAUGGCUGGCCUUGCGUCUCCAGUUGCUGGGAACCCUAUUGGUGGGUGGAGCCGGUCUCUUGGCCGCCAUAACAGCUUCGCAUGCAACCAAUCCCGGUCUGGUGGGGCUGUGCAUCUCCUAUGCCUUGUCCAUAACUGGACAAUUGGGAGAUCUUCUCCACGCCGUGGCCGAGACAGAGCAGGAGCUGGUGGCAGUGGAGCGUAUAGAUCAAUAUCUACAAUUGGAAGGAGAGCAGAAUGCGGAAGGCAGUGCUGAUCCACCUUUUGGUUGGCCCACCCAAGGGGUUUUGAGUUUCCGCGAAGUCCAACUGAGCUACCGGGAACACUUGGCGCCAGCCCUGAGGGGUGUGACCUUCCAAACUGAGGCCUUCGAGAGGGUUGGGAUUGUGGGACGCACGGGAGCGGGCAAGACGUCGGUUUUGGCUGCCCUCCUGCGGGUGGCACCCUUGUCCCAGGGCGAUAUUAGGUUAGAUCAGGUGAAUCUGAAGACUCUGGCGUUGAAUGUGCUAAGGGAAAGGAUAGGAGUGAUCACCCAAGAGCCGUUUCUCUUUGAAGGCUCUGUUCGUGAGAACCUGGAUCCUAGGCAUGCCUUCUAUGAUUCGGAGAUCUGGCAUGCCAUCAAAAACUCGGCAGCUGCCACUCUGCUCGUUCAGCAACUAGGCGGUCUGGAUGGCAAGGUGGAGCAGUGCGGCAAUAACUUAUCGGCGGGGCAAAGGCAACUCCUCUGCCUGGCCCGGGCUUUGCUGAAAAAUGCCAAGGUGGUGGCCAUCGAUGAGGGCACUUCCAAUUUGGACGACGAAUCCGAUUUGAGCAUGCAGCAGGCCCUGAGAAAUGCCUUCAAGAGUUGCACUCUGCUGUUCAUAGCCCAUCGGCUGCGUGGUCUCCAGGCCAUGGAUAGGAUUCUGGUCCUGGAUGAUGGCAGGAUUUGUGAGGAGGGCAGACCGCAGGACUUGGCCUCCAAUAGCUCAAGCAUUUUCCAUGGCAUGCUCUUGGCUCAGGACAUAAAUCCAGAGGAGUUUUCUAGUGCGAAUUAGUAAUAAAAGCAAAUGAUGUAUGGAAACCUUGUAAAUAAGUCUAAUUGUACGAUUUUAUUUAUUGUUUUUUUAUCUAUAAUUUUGUAUUAUAUAUUUGUGUUCCUAACCUGACUAAAAAAAACAUAGUUAAUUACUAAUUAUUCUAUUUUUGUAGUGCAAAACGAAAGGCGAAAUGUGAAAUGUGGUUACAAAUUGAAAUAUAAUAUUAAAUUACA